AUGAAGAAAACAAGUGGAAGAAAGAGAAAAGCAGAUGAUGCUGAAACCAAUUCGAUCAUUAAACCUAUCCCAAAUGAAAUCAGCUUAAACAUACUUUCUAGAUUACCGUUUGAUUCAGUGUUGGAUUCCAAAUUGGUAUCCAAAUCAUGGUGUAAAGCUAUUCAAAACCCUUCCUUUGCUCAGAUUCACUUCCGCCAGCAACAACUUGAUGGUGGUUCUUCUGAUACUAAGGUCAGUUUUCUGUUCUCAACUAUAGAGGGAAAAAGUAGACUUUAUUAUGGGGAGUAUGAUGAAAAUGGAAAAAAAUCAUGUAUGCAACUUAAAACUGUUAAUUUUCCUCGCAUUGAAAAGCGUUUUGGUACAAAUGCAAUGGUUGGGUCUUGUAAUGGUUUAAUUUGUUUCACUGUAUCUUUCACACACAAUAUUGAUGAUCCUAUCUACAUCUGUAAUCCCUGCAUUGGAGAACUAGUUAAACUUCCAAGACUCACAGUGAUGGCUAGAAACAAGAACAGUGUUGAGUUUAAGAAGCCAACUUAUUUGGAUGGUAGUAUUGUGAGUGGAUUUGGAUAUAAUCCUGCCACUGAUGAAUACAAAGUUGUUAGGAUCUACUAUGCCGACCCGCGCAGGAGUUCAGACCCACCCAAGGGUCAAGUUCAGGUCUAUACUGUUGGUAGUGGAAGUGGGUGGAGAAGCGUAGGAGAAAGUCCAUACUCGUUGCAGCGUUACAAGUAUUCACGCACUGUCCUUGUAAAUUGUGAGCCUUGGUCGGAUAAGAAAUGUGCGAUUUACAUUCCAUCUCGGGGUAUACUUGCGAAUGGUGCUCUUUAUUGGCUGGAUGAAGCGUGGAAUGUUGUAUCCUCCAAUUUAGCAGAUGAGAGGUUCAGUUUGCUCCCAUCACCGCCUUGUUUUCGCCCUGGUGAGAAAAACUUUUAUACACUGCAAGUUUUGGGAGGGUGUUUAUGUGUUGUGAAUGUUCAUGCUGGUAAAAGUCUUGACAUAUGGUCAUUCAAAGAAGGAUAA